CGCCUUCGUUCGACAGACGUUGAGCGCGCGUUAGCCCCACGGUGGUACGCACGGUACGCGUUCGAGUGUACUUCCUUGUUUCCUUUCGGGAGGGCGAAGUUCGGUCAGCAGUUUCGGUGUCCUGUAGCUGUCUAAUCUAAUCGUCGCCUGCCUUGCCACUGGUUCAGGUGGUAUGGGCUGCGCUAAGGGACGUCCUGCCAGCGGAGGACGAUGAUGCGCGUACUUUAUCUGCCCGUACGAUACGCCAGUGUUGACAGGUGCGGAUGUGAUCGCCAAUCACAAUCCCUAACCAGCCAGAGGAAGAGUGAAUGUGUGUGCGUGCGUGUGUGUACGAGGCUGUGUGGGCAUAUGUCUGCGGAAGCUGUGCUGUAUCGGUAAAGAGGUGCAAUCGGGAGUGUGUUUUUGUGUGUGUGUGUGCGUACGUGUGUAUGCAUGUGUGUUUGUGUGCAUGUUGGGUGUUGGUUGCGUACGUUCCCAAGCGGAAUUUCACAAGCGAAAACGCUAUUUCUGCAAAGCCAACGCCGUGUGUGCGCGUGUGUGUGUGAGGCCGUGUCGACGGUGGGGUUUCAGUGUACGGUACUAGUGUUUUGUGAGCUAUGGUGAGAAAUGAAGUACGGAAAAAAUCGAGUGCAAAAAUCGCUACACAGUGCUACACGGCAGGGGGAAAAAAAGGAUCAAAGCGAUGGUGGCAAGUGUUUUGUGCCACCGUGUGUGGGUGUGAAGGGUAAAUGGUGCAAUAGAAACGAAAAUUGAAUUUAGUGUACCUUGUGCAUUGAGCUUUAAGUGUUGGAAUGAAGGUGUUGCGAUGGGAAAGCGAUUAAGCGGCAUAAAGCAUCCAACGGCAAUAGAUUUUGGCGUGUUGGUUUAUAAAUUCAGAAAUUUUUUGACUGUUAGAGAAUCACGCAUAUACUGAAAUCAUGUACAGCAUUGUGCAAGUAUCGAGGUUUAAGAAACCCCAUUGCAAGCAAACACAAAGAACAAUAAUAAAUUUAAUCGGAUACAGCAUUGCAGAUUGAAAACCCUUUGCAUCCGUUACAAAUGAUCAGCUGCUCUGCAAGUAAAAUUUUUCUUUUUAUCAAUUGAAGGCAGUGAGCCCAAGCAACAAGGUUAGUGUUACCUUCCCGCGCUCGAUCGAUAACGCUGGAUCAAACAAGACAAAUAAGCUUUAAAAUCAGCUCUCGUGCCACAGCCACCGUAGGAAAAAUGGUUCGAGACAAACGAGGCAGAUCACUCCCAGCCUACGGGCGCUUCACCGGAAGAUGGGUGAGCUUGAUUUGAAAAUCGGCGUGUGAAUAUCGGCCAGGAAGUUUGGCAGCCAACCUGGACUGGCUACGUUCGGGCCGGGGUUCCGGUGAGUUUGGCAAAGUUCUGUGCAGUGCACCGGGCUGAAGGAUGGAAGAGAAAGUUAUGUUUUCAAUGAAAACUUUCGCCACGGAAAAAAGGCUCUUGCAGCACGAUGCUGCUUCCGGGUUCAGGCAAAGCCGUCGCUCUCCGGGUGUAUUGAAGUGUGUCGGUCCGUUUUUUCUGUCCGCAUAUUUGGGUUCCUUUUUUACGUGUUUGCUUUUCCUUUGAAGUGUGUGUGCGUGUAUUCGUGUUAGUGUGUGUGUGUGUAUGCGUGGUGUUGAAUAAAAGCAAGCCAGAAGAAAAAGAAGGAAUGAGAAGAUGAGCUAGUGAUGCCGCUCGGGUUCAAAGUUAUAAAUUAGCUUCCAUCGGCAGAAGUUGAUCGAUGAAUUUGUGGCACACUGGCGCACGGUGGUUUUGGUGAAAGGAAAGCGUUAUACACACAGAGCUGGAGUAUCAAAAUUACGUUACACGUGCGCGUUUGUGUAUGUGAGUGCAGGAGCGUCAGCCUGUGGUGAAGUAAAGUGGUUGUAGAGGGGAACAAAAAAAAAAAACAACGUUUCCUAAAAGCAUUUUAAGGUACAACUUUCGCGCGCGUCAGGUAUCGAGUGUUCCAGUGCUAGCAGCUGUGACGUAACGGCACCAUCUGGUUUAGAUAAGGGAGUUCGGAAACAAAAAAAAAGUAUAUUCCCCUCAACACGCCAGGCAUGGUAACCGUAUGCACUGGGUCGAGUGAGAGACAUAGUUGAGGCACAGGAAAAUACGAGAGAGCGAAAGAGAGAGCAGAAAAAAAACUUAUUCGCCAGUCACCAUGGAGUCUUCAAUGCUGCUACAGCUUGGCGGACUGUUGCUGUUGUUCAUAGUUCAGUACACUGCAAGUGUGAAAGAUGUUCCUGUCGUGACGAUGGAGGCACUGGUUGGCGAGACAAUCUAUCUGCCGUGCAACGUCAGCACACACGAGCCGGGUGACAAUGUCGUGCUGGUGCUCUGGUACCGGGAAGAUAAAGGAUCGCCCAUCUACAGUGCCGAUACACGGGGGCGUGAGGUCGGAUCGCCCAAGCGCUGGUCGGACGAUGCCAUGUUCGGCGAUCGAGCGUACUUCCAGUUCGAGAAGGAACCGGGAGAGCUAGCGGUCCAGCAUGUUCGGGAAACUGACAGCGGCAUGUACCGGUGUCGGGUCGAUUUCAUCGUAGCACAAACUAGAAAUAGUGUCGUCAAUCUUACAAUAAUAGUUCCCCCGGAGCGGAUGGUGAUACGGGAUCAGCUCGGCAUGGAGCGUACGACGGUGGCCGGACCGUACAGCGAAGGGGACAACAUCAAGCUGCGCUGUGACGUGUACGGUGGACGGCCAACGCCAACCGUCACCUGGUACCGGGACACGGUGCCGAUGACAGCGGACACCAUGUACAUGCCGCUCGGGAAGCACCUUCGCAGUGAGAUAGCGCUUGGGCCGCUGACCCGUCAGGACCUGCACACCAAGCUCGUCUGCCGGGCGACCAACCAUGCCCGGGCCAAUCCAGUGGAGCAGUCCGUCCAGAUCGAUAUGAACUUUGCUCCACUAAACAUAAGACUGAUCGGCGCCCAUCAGCCCUUGUCGGCCGGCCGAAGAUAUGACCUUCUGUGCCAAAGUGCUGGUUCACGGCCAGCCGCUUCCAUCACCUGGUUUUUGGACGGUGUGCGGCUUGACAAAAGCAAGGAAACCACAUCGGCCGACGGCAACCAAACCACAAGCACACUAUCCAUCGUGCUGAACCGAACCGAUGCGGGCAAAUAUUUGUCCUGCAAGGCGUACAAUUCCUACGUACAGUCCGAUGCCCUCGAGGAUGGUUGGCAGCUGGACAUUCAGUACGUUCCUGACGCGUCCGUGAGGCUGGGCAGCUCCUUGGACCCGAACGCCAUCCGGGAGGGUACGGACGUUUACUUCGACUGUAUCGUCAAAGCACAUCCGGCCGUUUACAAGGUCGAAUGGAAGCACAAUAACAAAACGCUAACGCGCAACAUAUCGCAGGGUGUCAUCGUCAGCAAGCAUUCGCUGGUGCUGCAGGGUGUCUCCCGUACGACGGCCGGCAACUACACCUGCGUGGGGUUCAAUGCCGAGGGUGAAGGUAGCAGCCCGACGUUCGAGCUGAACGUGAUGUAUGCACCGACCUGUGCACCGAACCAGCCGCGGGUGUACGGCGUGGCCAAACAGGAAAACGCCGAGAUACGGUGCGUCGUCGAUGCUAAUCCACCGGAUGUGGAGUUCAAGUGGACGUUCAAUAAUUCAGCCGAGAGCAUCGAUGUGCAGGCGAGCCACAUCUCCAGACUGGGAACGUCAUCGAUCGUAUCGUACACGCCAAUGACCGAGCUCGACUACGGUACGCUGCUCUGCUCGGCCACCAACAAGAUCGGCAAGCAACGGCAACCGUGCGUGUUUCACAUCAUCGCUGCAGGUCGUCCAGAUCAAGUACACAACUGCACGGUAGCGAACGUGUCCAUGACGUCGUUGGCCGUCCGUUGCUACGAAGGAUUCAACGGUGGACUGGCCCAGUCCUUCUUUCUCGAGCUGCGUGACAGCCAUUCGCAGGAGAUGCGCUUCAACAACACCGCACCGGUGCCCCGGUUCACGGUCCCCAAUCUACACCCGAGCGCCAUCUACCAGCUGGCCGUGUACGCGUUCAACUCGAAGGGACGGUCGGAACCGUACGUCAUGAGUGCCGCAACCCAGCGGCUGCCGGAGAAGCAAAUGAAGGACUCGGAAAAGGUGGAACGGCCCCGAUCGCCAUUACCCCUAACGCCCACCCUGUCGAUAGCGAUCGGGCUGGCGGCGGCCGUACUUAUUGGCAGCUGUGCCAUUGUGCUGGCGCUGAAGUUCCCGUGCGGUGCCGGCGGUAGACGGAACAAGGAUACGGGCCAGAGCACGACCGUGCGGACAUCGUCGCCCGGGCCGAGCGAUAAAAGUGUCGCCAGCAAGGAGUACGACGGCAACGAGAGUGACGAGAAAAAUCCGGACGUUAUACCGGACACCAUCGAUUCGGAUGAUCAGAUGGAGUACAUCAAACGAAGACAACACAUAUCGACCAUUGACACAAACAGUCCGAGCCGGUUGCUGCUGACGACCACCGCCCCCAAUCAAACCUUCAUCGGUGGGUCAAUGGCAGCCGCGCUGCACGCCAACAACCAUUCCUCCACCCUCGGCUACUGUACGCUGCGGAACGGCACCCCGCAAGCCUCCAACUCCAUCACGAACGUGUCGAUGUGCCACAUGCCUUCGACCUUUACGACGGCAACCCACACAACCUGCACACUGCCCCGGCACCCGGUAACGGGCGGUACCGGCCCGGGCCCACUGGCCCCAAACGCUCACCAUUGGCCAUCGUACGGUGGUACGAUUGCUGGAGUGCGCAACAUAACGGCCAUCUCCGUGACCAGCAACCAGGGUUCGCCGGGUGGGCAGGUGCCGCCGCCACCACCGUCCGCGAUCGCCAUGCAGCAUCUGGGACCGACGGCACGGACGCGGGUAUGUAUCGGGCUGCCCGAGGACGAAGUGUCCGCCGACACGCCGCUCAUGAUGAAACGCGAAAGCACCGUAUGACUAUAGGAGUCUCACAGGGUCGGUGAUACGGCCCUGUGAGAGUGUGCCGCGUAAACCCCGGGAACCGUGCGUGAGUGUCGUGCUUUGUGGGCCUUGGUAGGGCAAUGCAAAACCUAAUUAAGUCCAGCCCAUCCAGGGUUUGCUUCCAAUGGAAGCCACCAGAUUGUCUCCCGUGGUCCGGUACGGCGCGACCAAACACGCAGCUGCGAAACAGGACUCGUUCGUUCGCUUUACGUUCGCCACGCACCGGUGUAUCAGUUUGUGAUAUGAGUACGCUGUGAAGUAGUAGUGAGACCGUGUCUGUGUGUUGUGAGCGGUGAUGCGCAGGUGAGGCGAAAUGGACAAAACCGUGACAGCAAAGCCGGGAAGAGUCAAGAAGAAGAAACAGAACAACCACUAGUGAGCUUUUUUCCCGAUGCAACUUAAUGCAAUCGACCAGCCGGCCAGCGGUUGGUCUGUAAAUAGUGUACAUAGCAGUGAAAGUAAACCUGGCUCAACUCAUAGUCACGCUAGGAACAAUUUAACGUCGGGGUUCUCAAUCUUCUGACACGGACCCAGAUUAAGAAUAGCCAAACAAAACAGCAACGGUAAGGUGAAAAUGCCCAUAGGGAUCUUUAAAAUAUAAGCGAAAGAUGAUCAUUUAAGAGAACAAAAUCGGAGCAAAUGAAAGCAAAAACGUUUGAGAUAAAUUUAGACACCCAAGAGACAAAAUUAUUCUGUACACAAACCGAACACAACAUCGCCAUUAAUGCAACACAAAGACACAAAAGUUCACAUGCAAUUAAAAGAAUUAGCAAAACCCAAGCAACAAAAACACUCUAGCUAGCGAAUAAUUAAAAACAACCACACACAAACACAUUGAAGACUUGCACACAAGAUGAACUUAAGGAUAUUCCAGGAUGUUCCAGAAUGUCCGGAGAAAGGGAAUCGAUCUCCAUCGCGAUAAGGCACACUUGCUACAUGUGGCAAGUGAGCACGGCGAUGUGACCGAGAUAAGACGUACGUUUUAUUUGCGCCAGGAUUUUUUCGCUCCUCGCAGCCAUCUUGUCCCACGUUCGAUUAGAUCAGGGAUGGCCGUGUGUUCCUUGGGGGUGGCUUUCUACGAGUCCCAUAUUCCCACCUACAGAAUGCUGCUUAUCAGGUAUCUUUCCCAUCCUCGCGAAUGUGUCGCUGUUGAGUGUUGCAUAACGAUGGUUUGGCACAACGCAGUGCAUCGCCAGUGUGUGGCACGGGCCCUCCAUCCCGACAGUGAUUGAUGACGUUAAAAAUGGCGAAUUUUUCUUCCACCACCACCCCUCCCCCCCCACAAAGGUUUGCUAUCGGAAUCGCGAGGUGCGCCAAGGUCCUCGGAAGCCACUAUCUUGGCGCGAAGCUGGCUAUGGCGGUAGUAGGACAUGUUCCGGUGUUUGUGUGAGUGUUGUGCUCUAGCUUCUUGCGCCCGUUACAGCUGUCAACACAAUCGAUGAUGGAUGUUUUCUUCCCAGUUUUUUUUCCUUUCGUUGUACUGAUUUUAACGGUGGGAAACGGAAGCAGGAAGAUGGGUGUGGUGUCGAGGGAAAUUGGAUUUUCGCGUACGGGGGCAUCUGUUUAUCGAAAUGGUCGGUAUGGUAACUCUUAUUUUUAUUUGCGAUACGUGUGAAAAUCGUUAGUGCAGUGAUGGGUUUUAUAUUUGAUGUUGUGAACUUCCCAUUUAUUUAUGAUUUUAUUCCUGAUUUUAUUUUUUUUUCCGAAGAAUUGUUCUUUGUUUUCCUGUAAUCUUGUUUCAAAUUUAAUUUUUAUUAAAGUGUCUGAGUAAGUGGGCUGGACCCACUUUAUUGUAGAAGUGAAGUCAGUACAAAGGUUCCUUCAUUAUAUGUAUUUAUUUUGGUGAAAGCUCCUUCAGUUAUUUUCUGAUAAAUUCGUAAAUAUUACUCUGGAGAGGAAAGACAUCACUCACACUAUAUUGGCAUGCUCAAGAGUCUACUUAACCUGUGUUUCAUUCGUGAUAUUAAAUUUCCAGCCAUUAGAAAACUUCCCCUCGAUGGUAACUAAUGGUAAAUGUGGAUAAAAUAUAAAUAAAUGCUUCCAAUGCAAGGCAAGUAAUUCCGCGUGUGCUUAGCUCCCACCAAAACGACAGGCACUUCUACAACAACAGGGUGUUCAAGGUAAUUGUGACAGUUGCAUACGGAUUACUUAGAGCAAUUCCUGGCAACCGUGACCCUGGGAAGGUCCGCUGAAACGGAUAUAAUUUUCGUGAUUAAUACCACUUUGAUGUUGCUGGAUGUUCUAUUGGAAUAUCUUUUAACCUCGUCCUUAACAAAAUAGUCCAAAGGGCUCAGGUCCGAGGAGUGAGAAAGCCCUAUCCGGAAUUUUCAAAUAGAAAGCGUCGAUCGAAAGCAAUCUGCUGGCUUCCUUCUUCCUCAAAACAUUCUCAAAACUCUCGUAGAUGUUUUCCAUCCCAUUUUGACUGAAAUUGAUGGUGCUCAAGAAAGUGUUUCUUGACUACCUUCAUAAUGUCUUCUUUCCGGCGCGGAUUAUCAUGAUACACGUGAGUCGUUUCUACUAUUCAAACGUGUUAAAUAAUGUAUUCGCACUUGAAAAUUGUUCACCUGUGUUCACGGCAAUCAUGAAUUACAAUCAGAAGCGUAGCUAUCAAAUUUACCUGGAACACCCUGUAUAUGACUUCCGGCACUAGCCGCACGAAGUGACAAUUUGGACUUUAUUUGCCCAUAUCACGAUGCCUUACAGCUUAUAAGCAAUAAGAGGCGAGCAAAUUCUGUUCCAAACGUAAUGCAUUUCAAAGCAUGGAAAGAUGGCUCAAUUGCCUGGCCAUUUCCUUCCUUCCUCAGACUUGUUGUUCCAGCCUGAGUGAAUUGUUCAGAAUGAGAUAGAUUUGCAGCACAUUACAUGAAAAGCACAUCAAACACACAGUUCUGGUCAAAUGUCAGCACCGCCAUCCUUUCAAAUGGUUCAAUUACCUUUACCGUCAGUUUCGAACGUUUGCGACUAUCUAAACCAGGCCUUUAAUCAGCUAUGUUGUCCAUUGAACCAAACCACACAAACACAUACACAUCACUAUCGCUCACUGAACUGUAAAUAUGUAAAAAAUACCGUACCAAAACGAUACACACAAAAAAACCCACAAACAUCACAAACAUUAGUCGAACAAUGAUGAUACAUCAGCAAGAAACGAGAGCGUACAGAUACAAAAACAACGCUAAAAUAAACCGAGAGAAGAGAGAGAAAAACCAAACAAACCAAUCAAAAGUUGCAUUCUUUACCUAGAUAUUAAUAUCAAUAAAUGAGGUCUCACGAGUGCGUCACAUUCAAUUGUAGGACGCCAGCGGCUACCGGUGGGUGGAAAACAGAGAGAGGGAGAGAAAGAAAAGCUGAGAGAUAAUGGUACGAUGGAAAGGUCCUAAUACGUAGGUUAAAGUAUCGAUCGAUUAGUUACAAACAAAACGGGCCGGCAUGUUAUGUGGUUGAGAUUGAACGCUGGUGGUUCGAAAACCGAUGCCCCGUUUCUGGGAUGGGGGGAUAAUCAAAAGAAAAAUGCAAAUUUAAGCUCAGUUCGUUCGAGUGGGUUGCGGUGUUGGGCGCGAAAAUAUGAUUAUAAAAAUUGCAGUUGUAAA